UGUCUGCACGAGCAGCCUCUUCUGUACUUUCACUGCAUGUUGUCACGGUGGGUGACACACGGGAUUUAAACGAGCAGCUCUCCGACACUUGAGCCAUUUCACAACUGAGGCGAAAGACGCAAAACCUCUCUGGGCGUCUUAUCUCAGCCCUCCAUGCUCCUGCAAUCCGGCGGGUGUUAAGAUCCAUGGAAGUGGCCGGCUUCUACGACGAGGGCAGCUUUGCUAUCCACAGUAGAGACAGCAUUAUCAGUCCCGUCAGCGGCGGCGCAUACUGGAGGCUCGGCGACUCGAUGACGGAGCUGGGCAUUGAAGAGCGGGAGAGAGCGAUAGACUUCAGCGUUUUCCUGGAACCGGCUUUGCAGUGUCCGCCGCAGCAGCAGCAGCACCAGCAGAGGGACGUUUUCUCAGAUUUCCUGGCGGAGAACAAGAUCAAGAGAGUUGCAGCUUUGCAGAACUACAAGAACUACUCUCUGCUGAGCGAGCUGGAGACGAGCCAGUGCGACAACUUGAGGGACCCCAGGGAGCCCUACGCGCUGGGUUACACUGAGCUGCAGGAGACCCGUGUGGAUAGUGUGCUCAGCCCGGAACUCGUCGGGAGCCGCUACAGAGCCGCCGCCGCCGCUGCAGAGAGAGACGAUAGCCAGGAAGACGCAAAGAUGGAGAACGGGUCGUCUGGUUUUGACAUGAGGUCCUACCUUCACUACCAGUCCACCAGCGGCAGUCUUGGAAACAUCUCCACCGCGUCCUCGACUUGCUCCAGCCCGCCCGGCACACCUGCCCCGUCAGGUAAAAGCAGGUCACCAUCGCACAGUGCCAAAAUGUCCAGCGGCAAAGCAAAGAAACGCCUGGACAAGGACAGUGAAGAGUACAGGGUGAGGCGGGAGAGGAACAACCUCGCCGUGAGGAAGAGCAGGGACAAAGCAAAAAUGCGCAACUUGGAGACUCAGCACAAAGUGCUGGAACUGGCUGCUGAGAACGAUCGUUUACAAAAGCGCGUAGAGCAGCUGUCCAGAGAGCUGGCCACCCUGCGCAACCUGCUCUCCGCCACCGGACAGUGUUAAAAAGCCUCCGCCGGAGACCCCACACGGAUCCGUGGGCCGCUUGUCUAAUCAUUGAUGGACUUUAGAGCCGGAGGUGAUCAACCGAGCAAAUGUUGAAAACGGUACGCUUCACAGGUGAAGACAGUGACCACCAGUUUACAAGGACACUCUGAAUGGGACUGAAGAAGUGGGUGCAUGGAUUGCGCAAUCAUUCACGAUUCUUCACAUGUCACCGUAGCUUUAUUCUCAGAUGUAAUUUUGUGUAUGCAGUAUUUCUGUGCAGGUUUUACAUACAUGCGAGUGAAUUUCUACAUUUUGUGUAUCUGGAGCAAUGGUUGUCAAGGGAAGAGUUGUGCUGCAGUGAAAUGAUGCAACUCUUUGUAAUAGUAUUGGCAAUGAAUGAAAUAAGUCUAAUUAUUUAAUAUUAAAAGGGAAAAUGCUUUAA